AUGGCCGCUGUUUCUCAGCUUAACUCACAGGCAGAACUUUACCGCCACAACCAGGCUCUCUCAAUGAACCUCAAUGCCUCACAUUCACUUGCUGACAUUCUUAAAACAAAUCUCGGCCCCUGCGGCACAUUAAAGAUGCUCGUCGGUGGUGCUGGUGAUGUUCAGCUCACAAAGGACGGCACAGUUCUUCUCAAGAACCUUACAAUCAUUCAUCCAACAGCUAUCAUGAUUUCUCGUGCAGCUGCCGCUCAAGAUGAAAAUACAGGUGAUGGCACAACAUCAACAAUCAUUUUAAUCGAUGCUAUGCUCAAGCAAUGCGAACGCCGUCUUGCCGAAGGUGUCCAUCCACGUGUUCUUACAACAGGUCUUGAAGAUGCACGUGAUGAGGCCCUCCGCUUCAUCGAGAAGUUCAAGACAACACCAAAGGUUGAUCGCGACUUCCUCCUCAACGUUGCUCGCACAUCCCUCUGCACAAAGCUUCCACCAGAACUCAUUGAUCAGUUAACAGAGAUUGUUACAGAUGCUGUCCUCGCAAUCAAGCGCGAUGGCGAGAAGGUCAACCUCUUCAUGGUUGAGCAGCUCACAAUGAUGUCAAAGCUCGCAUCUGAUACAGCUCUUAUCCGCGGUCUUGUUCUCGACCACGGUUUCCGCCACCCAUCAAUGAAGCGUGAUAUGCACAACGUUUACAUUCUUACAUGCAACGUUUCUCUUGAAUUCGAAAAUACCGAAGUUAAUACACAAUUCGCUUCCAACGCUGCUGACAUGCGUGAGAAGAUGGCCGAAGCCGAGCGCAAGUUCGUUGAUGCCAAGGUCCAGAAGAUCAUUGACCUCAAGAACAAGGUUUGCACAAAUGGCGAAGAUUUCUUAGUUGCAAACAUGAAGGGUAUCGAUCUUCCAUCCCUCGAGAAGCUCCAGCGCGCUGGCAUCUCCGCUGUCCGCCGUGCCAAGCUACGUAACAUGGAACGUCUUACACUUGCAUGCGGUGGUCGCCAGAUGAACUCCGUCGAGAACCUCGAACCAGACUGCCUCGGCUGGGCUGGCCACGUCUACGAAACAAUCGUUGGCGAAGACCACUGGACAUUCAUCGAGGACGUCAAGGCACCACGUUCUGUUACAAUUCUCAUGCGCGGUCCAAACAACCAUACACUCAAGCAGAUGCAGGAUGCCGUUCGUGAUGGUCUCCGUGCCGUCAACAACGCUAUCGAAGAUGCCUGCGCCAUCGCCGGUGCUGGUGCUUUCGAAGCUGCCCUCUGCGCUCAUCUCCACGAAUACAAGAAGUCAGUCUCUGGAAAGAACAGACUCGGUAUCGAGGCAUUCGCUGAAGCUCUCCUCGAAAUUCCACGUGUUCUCGCUCAGAACGCUGGCCACGACGCUGUUGACUGCCUCGUAGCUCUCCAGGCUGCCGCUGAUAAGGGUGAAGUUAAGGGUAUCGAUCUCGAAACAGGUGAACUCCUCGACCCGAAGGAGAAGGGAAUCUGGGAUAACUACUCAGUUAAGAGACAACAACUUCAGUCAGCCCCACUCGUCGCAACUCAGCUCCUCCUUGUCGAUGAAGUUUUGAGAGCAGGUGUUCAGAUGCGCAAGUAA